CACCCUCAGAGAGGAUGUAGUGCUCGGCUGACCAGGUAUGUCCUCCCCCCCAGGUAUGUCCCCCCUCCACUGCCUGUGGACUGCUAUACCAAACUGUAUAUAUGUGCAUUGCUGAAAGGUCUCUCUUCAUCUCCUGUACUGUGUCCACAGUCUCUGGUCAUCUCCUGUACUGUGUCCGCAGUCUCUGGUCAUCUCCUGUACUGUGUCCACAGUCUCUGGUCAUCUCCUGUACUGUGUCCGCAGUCUCUGGUCAUCUCCUGUACUGUGUCCGCAGUCUCUGGUCAUCUCCUGUACUGUGUCCGCAGUCUGUGGUCAUCUCCUGUACUGUGUCCGCAGUCUCUGGUCAUCUCCUGUACUGUGUCCGCAGUCUCUGGUCAUCUCCUGUACUGUGUCCGCAGUCUCUGGUCAUCUCCUGUACUGUGUCCGCAGUCUCUGGUCAUCUCCUGUACUGUGUCCGCAGUCUCUGGUCAUCUCCUGUACUGUGUCCGCAGUCUCUGGUCAUCUCCUGUACUGUGUCCGCAGUCUCUGGUCAUCUCC